AUGGCGGCGCCCAUGGAAGUGGCUGUGUGUACGGACUCUGGUGGCCAGCUGUGGAGUUGUGUCGUGUGGGAGCUCCACUCGGGCGCCAACCUGCUUACGUAUCGCGGCGGUCAAGCCGGACCCCGCGGCCUGGCGCUGCUGAAUGGCGAGUACCUGCUGGCAGCGCAGCUGGGCAAGAACUACAUCAGCGCUUGGGAGCUGCAACGCAAGGACCAGCUCCAGCAGAAGAUCAUGUGUCCCGGACCUGUCACCUGUCUGACCACAUCACCUGACGGUCUCUAUGUCCUGGCUGGUAUCGAGGAAAGCAUACACCUGUGGGAGGUCUCCACAGGGAACCUCCUGGUCAUCCUGAGCCGUCACUACCAGGACGUGGUUUGCCUGCAGUUCACGAGGGAUAGCAGUCACUUCAUCUCAGGGGGCAAGGACUGUCUGGUGCUGGCCUGGAGCCUCUGCAGUGUGCUCCAGGCAGAUCCUACCAGAAUCCCGGCCCCCCGGCAUGUCUGGUCCCACCACACCUUGCCCAUCACGGAUCUGCACUGUGGCCUUGGGGGACCACUGGCCCGAGUGGCCACAGCCUCGCUGGACCAGACAGUGAAGCUCUGGGAGCUGUCCUCUGGCGAGCUGCUGCUGUCUGUGCUGUUUGACGUGGUCAUCAUGGCAGUGACCCUGGACCUGGCCGAACACCACAUGUUCUGCGGAGGCAGCGAGGGCUCCAUCUUCCAGGUGGACCUGUGGACCUGGCCGGGGCAGAGAGAGAAGAGCUUCCAGCCGGAGCAGGAGACUGGGAAGGUCUUCCGAGGGCACAGGAACCAGGUGACCUGUCUGUCUGUGUCCACUGAUGGCAGUGUGCUGCUCUCCGGCUCCCAUGACGAGACUGUACGGCUGUGGGACAUUCAGAGCAAGCAGUGUGUGCGCACCGUGCCCCUCAAAGGCCCGGUGACCAAUGCCUUCAUCACACUCGCCCCUGUGGCCAUGCUGAGUUCGGAACUGAGACCCAGUCUGCCGCUGCCACACUUCAACCGACACCUGCUGGGUGCAGAGCAUGGGGACGAGCUGAGGCGUGGGGGCUUGACGCUGCGCCUGGGCCCCCACCGGCAGGGAGCGGAGCCUAGCUACCUGGAGAGGACCGAGCAACUCCAGGCCGUCAUGUGCAGCACCAUGGAGAAGAGUGUCCUGGGAGGCCAGGACCAGCUGCGCAUCCGCGUGACAGAGCUAGAGGACGAAGUGCGUAACCUGCGCAAGAUAAACCGUGAUCUCUUCGACUUCUCCACGCGCAUCAUCACCACCAGGCCGGCCAAGUGA